UCAAAGUCAAAGUCAAGAGCAAAUAUAUUUUUGUUUUUUUAUUUAUAUCAUAUAUAUUUAAGUUUUAACAUUUUAAAAAUGAAUAAAAAAAAGGUGAAAUUAAAGGGGAAUUUAUUAAACUUGCUCGUGUUUUUUAGUACUCUUACACUUGCUGCUUUGAAGGAUCAUAAGGUGGAUCCUGGCAUGACACAGAUUUGGGGUCCAGGUUUACAACCCCAAAAGUUUGUAAUGCCAGCAAGGUAUUUCUUCAUACAAGCUCGUAAUAGUAACAAUAAAAGCAUUCCACAUAGCAUUCAAGAUGACUUUCAAAUUUCAAUAGAAGCAGGAAAGAACCAAUUUUCUGAAAGACCCUGCAGGGUGUGGCCAAAUAUUUUAGACAGAAAAGGUGGUUCCCUAAUUGUAAGGUAUAAAUUAGAAGAGCAAUGUUCCCACCUCACUAUCAAUAUUAAGCAUGAAAACAAACAUGUAGGCAGUUCCCCUUAUGUUAUUAAUGAAAAUGUGCUGCCUGAAGACUGUUACUGUCCUAGAAAUGAUUUGCAGGAUCUUUUAGAUAGUUGGCAAUGUGGCAGUAUCCCGAAACAACUUUUAAGUGAUUUAGAACCAUUUGGAACUAUUGAUUGGAGUGUUAUGAGAGAAAAAGUGAUAAAACAGUUUCACAAACCCCAUUCAGUAAGCAUCUGCCACUAUGUUAUCAAAAACAACAAAUUAUACAGAAAAUGCUAUGGAAAAUAUGUUGACUUCAAUACAUUUUCAGAUAGUAUAUUGCUUUCUAUCAUUAGAAAAGCAAAGCUUCCCGACCUGGAAUUUUUUAUUAACUUAGGCGACUGGCCUCUGUCUCUUAAGCACUUAAAUGAAAAAUAUCCCAUUUUAUCUUGGUGUGGAAGCACUGAUAGUUUCGACAUUGUGAUGCCUACAUAUGAACUUACUCAAGCUAGUUUGGAAAAUAUGGGCAGGGUUAUGUUGGAUAUGCUGUCAGUCCAAGGCAAUGUAGAAUUACCAUGGGAAGAAAGGGAACCAAAAUUGUUUUGGAGAGGCAGAGACUCAAAUCAAUAUCGUUUAGACCUUAUUACGAUGGCAAGGGAAGUGCCUGAUCUGUUUAAUGUUUCUUUGACCAACUUUUUCUUCUAUAGGGAUAAAGAAGACAUUUACGGUCCCAAAACUGAUCAUGUCUCUUUUUUUAAGUUUUCUAAUUAUAAAUACCAAUUAGCUAUUGAUGGCACAGUGGCUCCUUACAGGACCCCAUUUUUGUUAGGAGGAGGUUCUCUAGUGUUUAAACCACACUCCAAGUAUUACGAAUAUUUUUAUAAUGAUCUUGUGCCAAAUACUCACUAUAUUCCAGUUAAGACAGAUCUGACUGAUUUAGUAGAUAAACUCCUUUGGGCAAAAAAACAUGAUCGUGAGGCGAAAAUUAUUGCGGAAAAUGGACGACAGUUUGCCAAUGAAAACCUGCUGCCUCAACAUAUCUUUUGCUAUCACAUGCACCUACUAAACGAACUGAAUAAACGUAUUGUGAGCAAAGUUGAGAUCCUCGAAGGUAUGGAAGUUGUUAGUCAUAAAAAGGAUGUUCCCUGUGAUUGUGUAGGGUUAGAAAAAGCUAAAGAUGAAUUGUAGUUUUAUAUUAUGAUUAGUUUAAGCUUCAUUAUCCAAAGAAUAAUUGUUCUUUAAGUAUAAUUGUAAAAGAAAAAACCUUUAUUUUAAAUAUACAUUUGUAUCAUAAACUGA